CCUGGAACCAGCGGACUUCCUCUCUGCCUGUCUGGGUCAGCCUGUCUGCCUGUCGCUGGCCCCGGGCUCGCUCUCUGGCCCCAGCCCUUUUCUCUCUCUCUCAGCAGCUGUCUCUCUCGUGCCCGCUGGCCUGUCUCUCUCCUUUCCCGCAAUCGCCUCCUUCUCUGCCUGCCUGGGUGGCCGCCAUGGGCCGGAAGCGGCUCAUCACUGACUCCUACCCCGUAGUGAAGAGGAGGGAGGGCCCCGCUGGGCACAGCAAGGGGGAGCUGGCACCAGAGCUAGGGGAAGAGCCCGAGCCCCAGCCCUUGAGCGUGGAUGAAGCAGAGCUGGAGCUGCUGAGGCAGUUUGAUCUCGCCUGGCAGUACGGGCCCUGCACAGGGAUCACACGGCUGCAGCGCUGGCAUCGGGCGGAGCAGAUGGGUUUGGAGCCUCCCCCAGAAGUGCGUCAGGUGCUACAGACCCACCCUGGAGAUCCCCGCUUCCAGUGCAGCCUCUGGCACCUCUAUCCCCUUUGAGGCACCACCCAAGACCUCCUGCCCGCUGUCCCAGAACCUCAAGACUCAAGUGAGAGCCAGGUGUUGCCCCCUUGGCUCAGUUCUGCUGUGAAGAAACUUUGGCAGGAAUAGAGCCUCAUACAGAGAGAAAAGAGGCUGAAUCUGGAAGUCUCUGAGGCUCAACCCUCCAUCUAACCAGCAGGCUCCAGGAGCCCCCUCUGAGAGCCAAUACAGCUGAAGCUUGCACUUCCUACAUGAAGAGUGGUCUCUGAGGACAAGGACCUGGCCAUGACCUUUCAGAUGCCUCCUACAGGCCUCCCUGACCACAAAUACUGUGGUCCUGGGAAUACUGUGGCAAAUAGGCACAGCCUUGGACACAGGCAGACUGAAGCAGAUAACUAAGAGGCAAAGAUGCACUCCACUUACGGCUGGGAAUCUGAAGGCAGAACUGGCAAGGGGUUCACUAAUGCUUAUCAAUAAAGAACACUGAGUCUGGAA